AUGAACACAGAGAUUCUAAAAAAUGUCAUUCUCGCCUCGCCCUCAUCUUUACCCCUAGCUGUAGUGCUCUACUACCCCCGGGCUUUGGCCCAGCUACGGACAGCGAAGAACUGCUGCUUUCCCAAACAGUGGGAAGGUUUUCAGGGUGGACUCGGCGGUGUCAACGCAGGCGGCCAAGGACAAGCGGUGCAGAUUGUAACCAAGAUAGCCUUCGAUGCCGUCGGCCGUCGAGUAUUCACCUACACCAACAGUACCACGGCGGCAGGAAUGUCCUCCACCAAGCUGAUUCAAGACUUCAAUACGAAUACCAUGUAUGUUAUUGAUGUGUUGAAAAGGAUUUGCCAGAAGACUAAACCUACUGCGCUUUUCAACAAUGGAUGUGUGCCUGAUGACGCCAAGCAGGUGUUUGAUAUGACAAUUGGAGCUGGGAGCGAGACACUGCAGGCUAAGAUCUACACAAUGCGACUGCAGCAGGCGUCGUCCCUGUUGAAUAUCACCCUAAGUGUCACGGAGAAACAGUGUGUCCCUGUCGGGGAAACAAUGGUCGGAUCGGUUAACAACGUCAAGAUGGUCAUGUCGAUGCAAUACUUCGACAUCACCCUGGGGAUCAAAGACCCUUCUGUCUUCACCCCUCCCGCCUUCUGUAAACAGACAGGAGACCUGCGCACACAGAACCAGAAGCUUACCAAAGGAAAGUUCCGGACAAGAGCGUUGAACAUGCAACAAGGGCUGCCCAAAGCAGAGAUCCCUUCUUGA